UCAUAAAAAUGUGGGACUGUGGUAUUUACCACACACUGGGAAAUCUACUUGAACACCCCUCCAACUGGGUUCCCAGUGACGGGCAGGAGGGACAAUGGGAGGCUGAGUUAAAUACUCUGGUGCAUUCUUCUUCCCAUCACUCUGAGACUCUACAGGACAUCUCCAACCUCAGCAGGGAAAGGGGAAUCUACAUUGCCAAGAUGCCAGAGCAAGUACAAGAGAAGCGAAAGUCGAAGAUCUCGGCCUCCCGUAAGCUCAUGCUAAAGAGCUUAAUGGUGGCCAAGGCGAAGGAGGAGAUUGAGCAGGAGAUUGUGGAUAAAGAGGAGGAGAAGGAGAGGUAUCUGGCAGAGAGAGCACCCACCUUACAGACCGGUGGCAUGUCCUUUGCUGAGCUCCAGGAGUUAUGUCGGGAGUUACAUGCCAAGGUUGACGUGGUGGAUGAGGAGCGAUAUGACAUUGAAGCCAAAGUCAUGCACAACACCAGAGAGAUCAAGGACCUGAACAUCAAAGUUUUGGAUCUGAGGGGGAAGUUCAAGCGGCCCAGCCUGAGGAGGGUAAGGGUCUCUGCUGACGCCAUCUUGCGCUCCCUCCUGGGCUCCAAACACAAGGUCUCCAUGGACCUUCGGGCAAACCUCAAGUCAGUCAAGAAGGAGGACACAGAGAAGGAGAAGACAGUGGAGGUGAGUGACUGGAGGAAGAACGUGGAGGCCAUGUCUGGCAUGGAGGGAAGGAAGAAGAUGUUUGACGCAGCCAAAGGCACCCCUCAGUAGACAGAGAGGAGAAUACUCUAAAUGUUUCCUUCAUUUCUAUUCAUCCUGAACAUUCAAAAUGUGUUAAUGGUUUAAAGUCUCGUUUCAGUGGCA